UUCAGCUCCUUAUUUGGUUUUCUGGGCGGGGAGGUGCUCUUUGGGGCAACUGGUAGUUUCAGCCAGAGGGCUGAGGAGCUACAAUCUGCAUCUCUCUACCUCUGCAGACUCUGGAGAACAGAGAUCAGCAUCAGAAAAAGAGGGAGAAAGCUUACCCUGUUCAAGGCUGCUGGUGAAAUUCUAAGAGAGUCGCUCCGAGAAGAAAGAACAUUUACCAAGUUCCAGCAGAUUUCAUCAUGCCUGUUGUCCUGAAGACCAGCCCUCUGCUUUGGACACGGUUGGCUGCCCUGGCCUUCUCAUGCGUGGCCUUCUCUAUAGCCGUGCAUGGGGGAAAUCUCCAGCAUGGCACUGGGGAUUUUUGCAUCUUCUGCUGGGCGUUUAGCUUCGCCGGGACUCUUCUUGUCAUCCUGGUGGAGCUCUUUGGCCUGCAGACCAGAGCUCCUGUUUCCUGGAAGAACUUCCCCAUCACCUUUGCGUGUUAUGCUUCCCUGCUCUGCCUGUCGGCCUCCAUCAUCUUUCCUCUUUAUUUCCUGAAGGGGUCCAGAGAAGGGAAAGAGGUCCGUGACUUCCGCAUCGUGUCCACCGUUUUCUCCUGCCUAGCCACUAUCGCCUACAUGAGCGAGGUCAGCCUCACCAAGGCUCGUCCGGGUGAGGUUGCCGGAUACAUGGCUACCGGUCCUGGCUUGCUGAAAGUCUGUGAGACCUUUGUUGCCUGCAUCAUCUUUGUCUUCAUCAGCGACCCAGUAUUGUUUGAAGACCACGAUGCUCUCAAGUACUGCAUGUCUGUGUAUUGCAUCUGCUUCAUCCUGUCUGCGGUCAUCAUCCUGCUCUGCAUCGGAGAGUUCACCGGCUGCCUCCCCUUCCCAUUUGCCCGUUUCCUGUCCGGGUACGCCCUGCUGGCUGUCGUCCUCUAUCUGUCAGCAACCAUCAUCUGGCCUAUCUUCAAAUUUGACCCAAAACAUGGCGGUCGGAAGGACAGGCCAAGCGGCUGUUCCACCUCCCCAGUGGGCUUGUGCAGCUGGGAUAGGGCCAUGGCAGUGGCCGUGCUAACCGGGGUCAACUUUAUCCUCUACCUGGCUGAUCUAAUCUACUCCAGCCGCCUGGUGUUCGUAAGCGCCUGAUUGUAGCAAAAUGAAACAGAGCUUGCAGUGUGUUUUAAAGGAAAUUGAAUUUGGUCCCCAAAUUCAGGGCUGUAAAACUGCUGUCAAACAAACUGCUGCAAGAAAGAGUUUGUGUCUUAUUGCUAUAUUAGUUCUAAUUCUAAAAAAUAAUGUAAUUGAUCCAAAAUAUCCUGAAGUGGUUAAACACAAAUGUAUGGCUUUAAAAUGCCAGCUGAUAAAAAAAAAAGUUCUAAAGGUAGGAUUUAUAUCUUAAGCUCUUUUGAUUCCAAGUCUAUUUUUUAGCUUUUCCAGACCUGCAAAACUGAACUGAAUUUACUGCAGUACUGAGGAUUGAAGGUAUGGCAAGAUUUAAAGUCAGUUGUUUCAUUUCAAACUGCAGAUUUAAUCCUUCAAAACAAAACUUCCUGUUCAUUUUUUGCUUUUACCAACAUAAAAAAUGUAUAUAUUUUUAAAAUGACAGCAGGUUUUCUGAAAUAGUUUAAGAUAAAAUAAAACUUGACUGAUACACUUUGGUUUGAUGAAGGAUCGGAAAAAAAAAACAUCUUGUUUGUUCCAAGGAUAGUUUUAAACAUAAUGAAAUGUAUUAAUUGAUUAUAUACUAUGAAAAUCUAAAAUCCUACUGUUAACAUAUACAAAAAAGUGAAAAAAGAAAUGAAGAUGGUUUGGAUGUACCAAUUUGGAUAUUACUUUAAAGUUUAAAAAAAGCAAUGGUGGAGAAAUAUUAACUGAAAAGCUAAAACAGAGCAAGCAAGUACUAAAAAAUUUAAAUGUUUAUCGCCAGCUUUUAAAUCUCUGCAACACGAUAUACAAUACACUGCCUCAAAUACAGUUUUGUUAUACAUUUUGACAUUUUACAUAGAUUUCUGAUAUUUUUUCAAAAGUAUUUUAUAACUCAUUUAGUUUUUUUUUUUGGUUUUUUUGUAUCUUGCUAAAAGUUUUUUAUUGUUUGCCUAAUCCAGCAAUGUUGUUGUUCAUUUUCAUUCAAUUGUUUUUUUUUUUUUCAUAUUUCAUGAUAUCGUUCACCCUUUAUCCAUUGUAUUGCUUGAAUGAAUGGAGUUGUGAAAUAACACCAAUAUGUUCAAAUCAUGGUAGUCUGUGUUGACAGCUACAAAAAAGAAAGCAAAAAUCAGGUUUCUAUGUUUUAAUAAUGUAUAUCUGUCAGUUGAUACGUAACUAGUUGUGUAAACUGUUAUUAUACAAGAGUUAUCUAUUCAAAAUAUCUGGAGUCACACCUGAAUGUCACUUAUGGUCUUUAUCAGUACAUUUUUUAAAGCAUGCAUUUUUCUGAUGGUAUGAUUUCCAUCUUUUUGAAUUGUAUCAUAACCUUAAAAAAAUGAUAUAUGAUGAAUAAAUAUGAAACAUGUUAACAUA